CGCGUGGUGAGCGAGUAAUCGGCGAAUCGUUGCAAAUCAUCGUAAGCGGAUCACAUGCGAUAAUCACGUUUGUGGCAGAGACAAGCCCUCGAACAUGGACGAAUACGACGCGAAAUCCGAGGGGCCGAGUAACAAGCUGGUAAACAGCGAUCUAUAUCAAGCGGUGUUCCCGAUCUAUCAUCUUAGCAAACUGUCUGGUGUAUUUCCAACGAGAUUUGUCAGACAGGCAUCCGGCAGGUAUCGAGGACAAUUGAGCACUAUCGACAGCAUUUACAGCGUAUGCCUAUUGAUGUCCCUGAUCGGUGCUGAGAUUUGGGGCUUCUGGCGUGACCUGAGAGAUGGAUGGGAGUUCAGCACCCGAUUGAAGUCUCAGAACGCGGUGAUCGUCACCUGUAGCGAUGUGCUGGGCGUGAUGGGUCUCACGGCAGCCUCCGUCAUCAGUUCACUUCUACAAUGGAAGUACGUGAUAAUCGUUAUCGAUAAACUGGUUGAUUGCGACGAGAGAAUGGGCAUCGUCUCGCCGAGGAAGAUCCAGAGAUACACUAUCUUGUUGACGUUGAGCAGCCUCUCGUAUUCUAUUCUCAUCUCCUGCCUCGACAUCUAUACGUGGAGCCAAGUGAAGCUGGACAAGAAGAUGGAUGACAAAGGCCCGAUCAACUACCUCCCUUUGUACUUCAUGUACAUAGUCAUCAUCAUGAUGGAAGUACAGUACGCAAUCGCUGCAUAUAAUGUAGGCCAAAGAUUCUCCAGGCUAAACAAGAGCCUGGAGACCAUCUUGAAGAGCAGCAGGAUCACGAAUCAAUUCCGGAAGGACCUUGGAUUAGCCGGCGACCUCCGAGAUCAGGGACAACUCGCUACGUACCUUCGACAAGACCUGGGAAACAUUCGAAUAUUUCGGAAAUCAAAGAUCGUGGACUCCUCCGUAAUGAAUGAUGGUAAAGCUUCCACGGACAAUAUAUCCCAACUGGUGACGGUUCACGCGUCCUUGUGCGACACAGUGACGUACAUAAACGCCGCUUACGGCGUGGUCAUACUCGUGGUUACGAUCACUUGCUUGAUACACUUGAUUAUCACGCCGUAUUUUUUGAUCAUGGAGGCCGACGGGAAGCGGCAGCCGCUGUUCCUCGUGGUGCAAACGAUGUGGUGCAUCUUUCACAUCUGGAGGCUGCUCAUCUUCGUGCAGCCCACGUAUGCCGCCACGACCGAGGGAAAGAGGACAGCGGUUUUAGUGAGUCAGUUGCUGUCUGCGAACCAUGACAAAGAGAUCAGGAUGCAACUGGAGAUCUUCUCGCUUCAACUGCUUCAUCGCCCUUUAGAGUUUUCAGCGUGUGGACUUUUCACCCUGGAUCGAGGCCUCGUGACUUCGAUCGCCGGCGCUGUUACGACGUACCUCGUGAUACUGAUACAGUUCCAAAAGGACGACGACAAUAAAGGCAAUUUCGACAGCAUUCUGAAGAACGCCACGCUGAUAUUGAAGAACGCAUCAUUUUACAAUAUUACCGCGGGGAAAAUGGGUCCGAAUUAGAAUGCGACGUUCCACAUUCUCGAUCGUUUCUCUCGAUGGUUUUCGCGAGCCUGUAAUAAAAGUUUUUAAGAGUUCGUCGCAUGCAUCGUUUAUUUAUUUGUGAAAUAUUCAUGACGGAAAAGCUGAAUCGAGUCUCUCACGCUUCGAUGACCUGCAAUAUCAAGUUAUAUCUCGCGCUUCAACGGAUCAAAGCGAUAAAAUCGAUAUAGAGAGAUACAUAAAAUGUUUUAAUUCUUUCGAACCAAUUCUUGUACCAAGUGUGAAAAUUAAUGUCUUAGCCAUGAGCGUAGCCGGAAUUUCAAUCGAGGGGAAGGGGGAGGGCAAAAAUUUAUCUUCACACAAAGCUUAUUAAGCAUAUUAAAGCUAGUUUUCGCGAAUCUUCAAUGAACUUCCUUAAUCUUUUUGCUUCCAGCUUUUUUCUUUUGGCGAGCACCUUUUUUCUGUAUAUACUUAGUAUACAAGUCUAUCGAGGUAAUUUUCUGAUAUUGUUGAUUAGAUUCUCAUCCUUUGUAUUAGAGGUUUCGAUUAAUUUUAAGGGUUUUUGGCUCAAGAACGCAUUUAUUAAAAAAAAAA